AGGGAUGAAUUUAGUACUACGUCACCCUGGGUUGGACGGCAGGUUCUUGAAACGCAUCGAAACCUCUUAAGCGUCGUUAUUGUUGGAUUUAAAUGUACCGUUAACCAUUUGUUUGUGGAUGAGUAGCCACAAUUUGAAUCAAGGCUGCGAAGUUUUCGAUCAAGAUAGGCGAUAGUUGUUGAAAGCUGACAAAACUUGGAACGUCACCGAGAUGCUUAGAACCUAGCUGAUAGCUAAGCUAUAGAACGUAGCUAGCAAGAGAAAACUUUUCUGGCAACAGUCUCCUAUUUCAUCACAACAGGUCAAUCUCCCGAAAAAAAUUCAAAUAGCGCACCCAUUGAAUCUUUUUGGAACAUUCAACGUUAGACUACGAAUGUUUAGAUAAAGUGAAUGCAACGUUAAAUAGUUAAGCAACGGUAGGAUAACGUUAACUCUCCUGCAAAGAGUUAUAAAGUCUUCCAUGAACGAAUGCAGUUUACUCCUGGAUUACAGGAAUUAUACGACGCUUUCCUGGGAGCCACGAUUAGCCUCUAACUUUAAGGUUAACGUGAAUAAUUGACUGCUCGACGCCAAGAUGAUGCCGAUGUUUUUGACUGUUUACCUCAGCAACAAUGACCAGCAUUUUACAGAGGUACCCAUCACUCCUGACACAGUGUGCCGUGAUGUGGUGGAGCUGUGCAAAGAGCCUGGAGAAAUAGAUUGUCACCUUGCAGAGAUGUGGCGUGGAUCAGAGCGUCCAGUGGGUGAUGGGGAGAGGAUGCUGGAUCUGCUGCAGGGCUGGGGACCACAGAGAGCUGAGGUGCGCUUCCUCUUGCGGCAUAACAGAGCAUCAAACCAUGAGUCAGGUAGUUCCAGAGGCACAGAGCACAAGAAGAAUGGGUUGAAGGGGCCAGUGGAUAGAAGGAUGGAGAAUGGGGUAACUGCUCCAUGCAUGGACAUGACCCUUGCAGAGCUACAAGAGAUGGCAGCUAGACAACAGCAGCAGAUUGACGCUCAACAGCAACUCCUGGCCUCAAAGGAGCAACGCUUGCGCUUCCUCAAACAGCAGGAUCAGAGGAAACAGCAGCAGGCCUUGGAGCAGGAGAAGCUGCAGAGAUUGCGGGAGAAUGUAGAGAAGCAGGAGAUUCGGCUGAAGAAAGUUCGGGCCCUCAAGGGCCAGGUGGAGCAGAAACGCCUCAGUAAUGGAAAGUUGGUGGAGGAGAUUGAACAGAUGAAUAGCCUGUUCCAGCAAAAGCAGCGUGAGCUGGUUGUAGCUGUUUCUAAGGUAGAAGAGUUGAGCCGACAGCUAGAGAUACUGAAGAAUUGCAAAAUGGACCCCUUCAACAACAACCAGAGCUCUGUGGCUGAACUGGACUCCCUCUACAAAGAAUUGCAGUUAAGGAACAAGCUGAACCAAGAGCAGAAUGCUAAGCUUCAGCAACAACGGGACAACCUGAACAAACGUAACCAGGAGGUGGCAACCAUGGACAAGCGUGUAAAUGAGCUCAGAGAGCGCCUCUGGAAGAAGAAGGCGGCUCUGCAACAAAGAGAGAACCUACCUAAUGGCUUUCCUGUUAAAGAGAAGGCUUCUAAAGACUCUCAUCCUAAGGUGUCAUCUGACAUCCAUAUCCAACAGCAGACAGGUGGGUCCCGUGUGGCAGCAGUGGGACCCUACAUCCAGUCCUCCACUAUGCCCCGUGGACAACUGAGGCAUGAGCAGCUAGUGAAGCCUCCUUUUCCAGAUGGCACUUCAACCUUGCCAGCACAAGAGAGAACCACUCCAGAGCUUAAGUCUAGCACAGGCUCAAUGUUCACAGGUGUCCAUUCACCAAAGGUGGCCGGUCUGUCUGACCAGAGCAUUUCUACUACAAGCACAGAUUCUACUGUGAGCCAUGGCUUGUCUUCCACCCUCCCCAGGACAAAUACCCACACCCCAGAAGAACAAGCAGAGGUUGACACUGAGGUACUAAAGCGAGGAGGACAGGACAGGAAAGUGCGCCCUUUCUCAAUGUUUGAAUCCAGUGAGCUGCCUGCCACAGAGUUGCCUCCUACCGCCCUCCGAAAGAACCAAAGCAGUGAGGAUCUGGUCAGGGAUGCCCAGAUUGUUGGAAAGGUCGUAAAGGUUCCACCACCAGUGCCCAACAAACCCAGACAGGUCAACCUUCCACCAGGCGCUCAGAUACCAUAUGGCAAGCAGGCCUUUCACACCAGUACUUUCCCAGGCAAAGUGAAAGGUCCCAUCCAGUUACAAACUGCUGGCUCACAGAGUCGCUUGCCUCUCCCCUCAAGUCAGAGCAACACUCUCCCUCUGCCCUCGAAGCAGGAAGCCCCACCAGCGGCCACAGUUCGUCCCUUCACCCCGGAGCUCGCUGGGACGAAAGAUGCAAAUGGGCUUCAAAAGCCACAAUCUGGUGCUGCAAGCUACAUCUAUAAGAUGUAUUUAGGUGAAGUUUCCCAGCAGGGUGUGCAGGGAGCAUUAUCAAGAUCCCAGAACCGUAAUCAUUUUGUUAGUGUGUAUGGGAAACCAGUAAUCUCUGGAGGGUCCCAGGUAUCUCAGAACCAGCACCCAGAAAAUCCUUACAUGGAACGACCUAGUGGCAGCAGCAACACCCCAGACUCUGAAGUAGACCAAGGCACUUUGGGUCCUGGUAUGCCUGAGAACCAGGAGACCGAGCGCAUUCCAAGGCCCCUCAGCCCCACUAAGCUACUGCCCUUCAUUUCCAACCCCUACCGGCACCAAAGUGAUGUGGACCUGGAGGCUCUGCGCAAGAAGCUGUAUAAUGCACCACGCCCCCUUAAGAAGCGUAGCUCCAUCACUGAGCCUGAGGGUCCUGCGGGACCCAACAUUCAGAAACUGCUCUACCAGAAAACCACAUUGGCUGCCAUGGAAACCACUGCCUCUGAGCCAGUUUACCAACCAAGUGUUGUUGAAGAGGACAAGGAAAGUUCAACCAUUCUUCCAGCAACUGUGACUGAGAUCACUCCCUUAGAUGACGUUGUGAAUGUGGCUCCUGUGGAGACCUUGCUUGAGCCACUUACUGUUUCCUCCGCUGUCUCUGAGACUAAAGAGGAUGAUUUCGUACCACCACCACCACCUCACCCUGCACCACGUCCAGAGGAUUCUCUCCUGUCCACACAAGUAGCUCAGGAUCAACCAUUGAACCUGCCCGCUCCACCUCCUGAGACCUUCCUGGAGGAGUUUCCCCCAUACCCACCCCCUCCCUACCCUAGUAGUGGAGCAGGACCAGAACAGGAAAGCCUUGGGGAGGACACCUUCAACAUGGAGCCACCUGAGGUCACAGGCCAGGUCACCCUGCCUCCAGGUAAGAGGACAAACUUGCGGAAAGCUGGAUCAGAACGCAUCGACCACAACAUGAGGGUUAAGUUUAACCCACUGGCACUUCUGCUGGAUUCCUCCCUAGAAGGAGAGUAUGACUUAGUCCAGAGGAUCAUCUAUGAGGUUGAGGAUCCCAGUCAGCCUAAUGAUGAAGGAAUUACGGCCCUGCAUAAUGCUGUAUGCGCUGGGCAUACUGAGAUCGUCAAGUUCUUGGUGCAGUUUGGUGUUAAUGUCAAUGCAGCUGACAGUGAUGGCUGGACGCCCCUACAUUGUGCCGCCUCCUGUAAUAAUGUACAAGUUUGUAAGUUUUUGGUGGAAUCUGGGGCUGCUGUAUUUGCCAUGACUUACAGUGACAUGCAGACAGCAGCAGACAAGUGUGAGGAGAUGGAAGAUGGUUAUACACAGUGCUCCCAGUUUCUCUAUGGUGUUCAGGAAAAGAUGGGUAUCAUGAACAGAGGAGUAGUCUAUGGCCUGUGGGACUACGAAAAGGAGAGCAGUGAUGAGCUUUGUUUCCAGGAGGGUGACUGCAUGACUAUUGUUCGGCGUGAGGAUGAGGAUGAGGUGGAGUGGUGGUGGGCACGUAUAGGCAACACGGAGGGAUACAUACCUCGCAACCUCUUGGGGUUAUAUCCCAGAAUAAAGCCACGACAGAGAAGUCUGGCAUAAAAGAGGAGGAUACUGGCCAAUGUGGAGCAGAUCAAACUGAGGAACAUCAAACCACUGAAGAAUCACAGGGUGCUCAUUUUUGGAUUGACACAGCUUACCAGAAGGACAGCUCGGUCAAAAUAUGAUGAUACCAAAAUAUAUGAAGGAUUUCUUUGAGGGAAAAAAAAAAAUAUAUAUAUAUAUCCAUCAAGAUUUUAUAAUCAGUAACUCUUUGGGCUCAUCCAAAGCAUUUUUACAGAUGACAAAUGUGUACAUUUUUUAAGAAAUGUAUCAUUUAUGUUGUGCAUGUAUAUUUCUUAAUCUAAGCUUUUAAUAGAGGGAGAUCCAUACCUAUAUUAAAUGUCAUGAAUCAA